AUGGGUAAAUUCCUGUCAAAAAUCUUCGGAAAGAAAGAGCUUCGAAUAUUGAUGCUGGGACUCGAUGCAGCCGGCAAAACCACAAUUCUGUAUAAACUCAAACUCGGCCAAUCGGUGACCACGAUUCCGACGGUGGGAUUCAAUGUGGAGACUGUCACAUAUAAAAAUAUCAAAUUCAAUGUUUGGGAUGUUGGCGGACAGGACAAAAUCCGACCGUUGUGGCGGCAUUACUACACUGGCACCCAGGCGUUGAUUUUUGUGAUGGAUGCCGCUGAUAGAGACAGAGUUGACGAGGCACGAAUGGAACUUCACCGAAUAAUCAAUGAUCGUGAGAUGAAGGAGGCGAUUAUUCUGGUAUUUGCCAAUAAACAAGAUCUUGCUGAUGCGAUGAAACCACACGAAAUACAGGAUAAAUUGGGUCUGACGAGGAUUCGAGACAGGAAUUGGUACGUACAACCCUCGUGCGCCUCCACAGGCGACGGUCUACACGAAGGAUUGACGUGGCUGAGUCAGAACUGCAAACCAUAG